AUGAGGAGGCAGAAGCGGUGGUCUCGCGCCGCCGUCGUCGCGUGCCUAGCGGUGCUUCUCACCGCCGCGUGCGCCGAGUCGUCCUGCCAACCAGGCAGGCGGCUGCUGGCGGCGUCGUGGGAGGAAGCGGCGGCGGCAGGCGCCGUGCACUCGAGCGAGAGCGGCGACCGGGACGACAUCCCGCGGAGGAGCGCGUUCGACGUGGUGGUGGAGGGCCUCGUCAGCAUCGGGCUCGGCCGGCGGUGGCGCGCCGGCGGCGACCCGCUCGUCGACCAAGACAAGCGGCGCGUGCCCACGGGGCCCAACCCGCUGCACAACAGAUGAGUACGCGCGUAGCUAAUCGCCCGUUAGCUAGUACGUAGUAGCCGGGAGCGUCAUUGCCGACUCGCGCGCGGCGAGGAGGAGAAGAACGGGAAGGAGAGGAGAGGAAGACCAUCAGCUUUCUAGCAGCGUUGCUCCCUUCUGCUUCCCCUUCUUCUCUCUUUCCUUAUUUUUGGUUGCUUGUUUUUUCCCCCUUAUUUUCUUGUGUUUUGAUUGGCUUGUGAAGUGGACAGCGAGGCUUUUCUGUUGAUUGAAAGAGAUAGAUAUAUGAGUAUAGUUCUUCUUUUGUUUCA